GAAGGCAAUCAGGUUGGUCAGGCAUGACUUGCCCUUGGUGAAUCCAUGUUGUCUGUUCCUGAUCACCUUCCUCUCCUCCAAGUGCUUCAAAAAUGGAUUCCUUGAGGACCUGCUGCAUGAUUUUGCUGGGUACUGAAGUGACGCUGAACGGUCUGUAGUUCCCUGGGUUCUCCUUCUUCCCCGUUUUAAAUAUGGGCACUAUAUUUGCCUUUUUCCAAUCGUCUGGGAUCUCCCCGGAUCGCCACGAGUUUUCAAAGAUGGAAAACCAAAAACCGAGAAUCAGUGACCUGCUUUUAAAUGCCCUCGACAACCUUCCUCAGGAAAACUUCGAAAGGUUUAAAGACAAACUAGCACACUCUGACUUUGAGGGGAAAGAUAACAUCCCCCGAGGUUGGCUGCAGAAUGCCAACAGAAUACAUACUAAGAACCUCCUGAUGGAAUUCUAUGGUGAAGAUGCUGCAGUAGAUGUAACCAUAGACGUUUUCACUCAGAUCAAUCUCAGAGAUUCUGCUGCUAAACUCGGAGAAGAAAGAGAGAAAGCUUUGGGUUCUCAAACACCUGAAAGAUCAACAAAUGCUUACAGAGUGAAGUAUAGAGAACAUAUAAAAAACAAAUACAGCACAAUAAAAGACAUGAACGCUCGUCUUGGUGAGAAUGUGAAGUUAAACAGCAGAUACACAAAGCUGAUCAUUAUAAAUGAACAUCGUCACGAAAUGCAGAGAGAACAUGAAAUAAUGGCCUUGGGACGGAGACAUGCAGAAAUCAUGGCUAAGCACGCUAGUCCUAUCACCAUACGUGAUUUAUUUGAAUCUGAUGGAAAUGGACAAUCACCACCAAUUGUCGUGCUGCAGGGAGCUGCAGGAAUUGGGAAAACACUGACAGCAAAAAAGAUCAUGUUGGACUGGGCAAAUGAAGAACUGUAUCAGAGCAGGUUUGAUUAUGUUUUCUACAUAAAUUGUAGGGAAAUUAGCUUUAACAGAAAGCAGAGAAGUAUUGAAGAUUUGAUUUUAAAAAAUUGUCCUGAUAACAAUGCACCAACUAAAGAGAUUCUGAUGAAUCCAGAAAAACUCCUGUUCAUAAUUGAUGGUUUUGAUGAACUGAGAUUUUCCUUUAAUGAACCAACAAGUAAUCCAUGCUCUGACCCCUGUGAGAAGCAGCCAGUGGAAAUCAUACUGAGCAGUUUAUUUAGGAAAAAAGUGCUUCACAAAUCCUACUUAAUCAUUACUACAAGACCAAUUGCCCUCCAGAAACUCGGGCAGUUUUUGAAAGAUGAACGUUAUGCAGAGAUCCUGGGAUUUUCUGAAAACGAGAGAAAAGAAUAUUUCUAUAAGUUCUUUAGGAAUGAAGAACAAGCAAGAAAAGCCUUUAACUUUGUAAAAGACAAUGAAAUGCUGUUCACUAUGUGCUUUGUCCCCAUUGUGUGUUGGAUCAUCUGCACGGUUCUGAAACAACAGAUGGAAGCAGGUGAAGAUCUUGCACGAACUUCCAAUACAAUCACUGGAGUGUACAUGCUCUAUCUCUUCAGUUUAAUAGAGGGUCACAGCAGCAAUUCAAAGCAGCAGGUACAAGGUAACUUGAAGGGACUUUGCUCCUUGGCUGCAGAUGGACUCUGGAGGAAGAAUAUACUGUUUGAGGAAGAAGUUGUCAAGAAACAUGGCUUAGAUAAACCUGAUUCCCUCUUUCUCAAUGAGAACAUGUUUCAGAAAGGCAUUGUCUGUGAACUUGUUUACAGCUUCAUUCACUUGAGUUUUCAAGAGUUUUUUGCAGCUUUGUUUUAUGUGUUGGAGAAAGAAGAAACAGUGACAAAUUCAGAAACUGCUACACAACCUGUGGAAAAACUGUUUGAAAAGUGUGGAAAAUCUAAGAAUUAUUUAAUGUUAACAGUGCGGUUCCUGUUUGGUCUCUUAAAUAAAAAGAGAAUGGAGGAGAUGGAGAAAAAUCUUAGCUGCAAAUUUUCACCCAAAAUUAAAAAUAAUUUACUAAUGUGGGUUAAAGAAAAACCCUUUUCGUCGUUGUUCAACUGUGAUAAAUUGUCUUCUGAUAAGGAGACGACGAUUUUCUAUCUUGAUUACUUUUACUGUUUGUAUGAAAUUCAAGAAAUAGAAUUUGUACAGAGUGCAAUGAAUCAUUUCACUCAGCUAAAAUUAACACAUCAUACCUUUACCAAAAUGGAUCAAAUUGUUCUUCAAUUCUGUAUAAAGAAUUGCUGUAAACUGGAGUCAGUUUGUCUAGAGUACUGCACAUUUCUAACUGAAAACCUGAAUGAAGAUUCCCCAGGACCAUGUGAGUGGCCACAUCGGGCACAACAUCAGGAUGAGCCACAUCAUUUGCCUAUUUACCUGCUCUGGCAAGCACUGAAGGCUUCAAACUGUAAUUUAAAGAAACUAAGCUUGGAGUGGUGUGAUCUCACAGCCGCUGACUGCGGGUAUCUCGCUGCUGUUCUCAGCACCAACCAGAGCCUGACAGAGCUGAAGCUGAGUGGUAAUAAACUGGGAGAUUCCAGAGUGCAGCUGCUGUGUGAGGGACUGAAACACCCGAACUGCAAACUGCAGAGACUGCGCUUGUACAUGUGUCGUCUCACAGACGCUGGCUGCGGGGAUCUCGCCGCUGUUCUCAGCACCAGCCAGAGCCUGAGGGAGCUGGAGCUGGGCGCUAAUAGACUGGGAGUUUCCGGAGUGCGGCUGCUGUGUGAGGGACUGAAACACCCGAACUGCAAACUGCAGAUUCUGCGCUUCUUUGGUGGUCGUCUCCCAGGCGCUUGCUGUGAGGAUCUCGCCUCUGUUCUCACAGCCAAUGAAAGCCUGACAGAGUUGGAUGUGGCUGGUAAUAAUCUGGAAGAUGCCGGAGUGCAGCUUCUGUGUAAGGGACUGACACACCCAAACUGCAAACUGCAGAGUCUGCGCUUGUGGAGUUGUCGUCUCACAGAUGCUGGCUGUGGGGAUCUUGCCGCUGUUCUCAGAACCAACCAGAGCCUGACAGUGCUCAACCUGGGUGGUAAUAAACUCGGAGAUGCAGGAGUGCGGCAGCUGUGUGAGGGACUGAAACAAAACUGCAAAUUACAGAGUCUGUCCUUGUGGAAGUGCGGUGUUACAGCUUCUGGCAGUGGGGAUCUCGCUGCUGUUCUCAGAACCAGCCAGAGCCUGACAGAGCUGGACCUGCAUGGUAAUUAUUCUCUGGGAGAUGCUGGAGUGCGGCUGCUGUGUGAGGGGCUAAAACAUCCAAACUGCAAACUACAGAGAUUGGGCUUGGAGAAAAAGUAUUUAACUGAAGAAAUUCAGGCAGAGCUGGAUGCUGUGAAAGACACAAAACCUGACCUGGUCAAACAGAUGUGACGGGUUGGAUCACAGAAACCCCCUUGGGAACCGCCACCCAGUGUGCCUAGACUACUUCUCAGCCUGUUUUCUCUGCCAGCUUGGGACUUCAGUCCCUUGCCUGGUUUGAACUAGACAUGCUUGCCUGCUGCAAAUACAGAUCCAAAUCUUAACCUUGUCCCCCACAAGCUGCAGGCUUAACUGAAAACAGCUUAAGAAAUGUUCCUGUCUCCAGCACUCAGAUGCCCAACUACCAAUGGGGUCCAAACUCCAAAUAAAUCCAUUUUACCCUGUAUAAAGCAUACAGGGUAAACUCAUAAAUUGUUCGCCCUCUAUAACACUGAUAGAGAGAGAUUGUUUGCUGCCCCCCAAGGUAUUAAUGUAUACUCUGGGUUAAUUAAUAAGUAAAAAGCAAUUUUAUUAAAUACCAAAGGUAGGAUUUAACUAGUUCCAAGUAAUAACAGACAGAACAAAGUGAAUUACCAAGCAAAAUAAAAUAAAAAUGCAAGUCUAAGCCUAAUACAGUAAGAAAACUGAAUACAGAUAAAAUCUCAGCCUCAGGGAUGUUUCAAUAGGCUUUUUUCAGAGACUGGACACCUUCCUAGUCUGGGCCCAGUCCUUUCCCCGAUACAGUCCUUGUUCCAUCUCAGAUGGUAGCUAGGGGAUUUCUCAUGACUACUACCCCCUUUGUUCUGUUCCACCCCCUUAUAUAUAUUUUGCACAAGGUGGGAAUCCUUUGUUCCUCUCUGGGUUCCCACCCCUUCUUCUAAAUGGAAAAGCACCAGGUUAAAGAUGGAUUCCAAUUCAGGUGACAUGAUCACAUAUCACUGUAAGACUUCAUUACCCACUUGCCAGCACACAUGUAUACAGGAAGACUUACAAGUAAACAGAGCCAUCUACAGCUAAUUGUCCUAGUUGAUGGGAUCCAUCAAGAUUCCAAACCACCAUUAAUGCCUCCACACUUUGCAUAAUUACAAUAGGACCUCAGAAUUAUGUUUCAUAUUUCUAGUUUCAGAUACAAGAAUGAUACAUUUAUACAAAUAGGAUGGCCACACUCAGUAGAUUAUAAGCUUUGUAAUGAUACCUUAAAAGAGACCUUUUGCAUGAAGCAUAUUCCAGUUACAUUAUAUUCACACUCAUUAGCAUAUUUUCAUGAAAUCAUAUAGAGUGCAAUGUCACAAGAGACAUGGUAGAGCUGGUGAGCGGGAGCCACUGUACCAAUGCAGCUCUGACCUGGCUGCUCUGCCACGUGCUAAAGGAGCAGCUGGGGAGUGGGAGAACACCUGCCCCUAUUAAAAUUAAACUCUGCCAUCCCCAGGGACUCCAGCAGCACAUGUCCACAUCUCUGGCACGGGCUGGGUAGAGAUUGUCAGGGCCAACCCUCCUGCGUGAAGGCAGGAGGCUUAAGAGUAGGAGGUGGGUUUGCUCUGUUCUCACUGUGCAAUGGGGUAGUUGUUUGGGGGGAGGAGUGGGGAGGGGCAGGAGGGAGAAAGGGGAUCAGGGCCUAAGGGAGGGAGAGAUGUGGGAUUAUGAGAUGGAGGGGUCUGGUAACCUCCCUUUUUCAGUCAGUCAGUGCAGGGGGGAGACUCAAGAACCAUCCCUGGAACUGUCCUGCUACAAUGGUUCAUACUAUUAUGUGUUUAUUUACAAGGGGCUUGUAAUUUUACACAACUCCACAGCUAUUAAGUCAGCAUUUUUCUGUAUCCAUCUGCAACAGCAGUUUAUCCUGGAUGAGUGUUUGUGUCAGUUUUGCUGGAGUCUAAUAAAGAUCAUGUAUCAAGAAA